AUGCCUAUCCAGCAAAAUUCCCUUGUUAAAUCCGUGCCCACCUCAUCUGCUGGGGCCAUUAACCCAGCAAGCAGCAGGGAGCAGGAACCAAGGAGACCAGGCAGGCAGCAGGCAGGGCAACAGUGGGCACCAGGCCAGUACAGGACCUAUGAGGACAGGCCCGGCAGCCAGGCCGGGCAGGGCAGGGCUACAGAGCCAGGCAGCCAGGGCAAGGCCAGAGCAGCCUAUGGCAGGACAGGCCCGGGCAGGCCAGGCCGGGGCAGGGCAGGGCAAGCCAAGGUAGGCCAGGGCAGGCCAGGGCAAACCAGGGUAGGCCAGAGCAGCCUAUGGCAGGACAGGCCCGGGCAGGCCAGGCCGGGGCAGGGCAGGGCAAGCCAAGGAGGCAGGCAGCGCAAACCAGGUAGGCCAGAGCAGCCUAUGGCAGGACAGGCCCGGGCAGGCCAGGCCGGGGCAGGGCAGGGCAAGCCAAGGCCAGGCCGGGGCAGGGCAGGGCAAGCCAAGGUAGGCCAGGGCAGGCCAGGGCAAACUAGGGUAGGCCAGAGCAGCCUAUGGCAGGACAGGCCCGGGCAGGCCAGGCCGGGGCAGGGCAGGGCAAGCCAAGGUAGGCCAGGGCAGGCCAGGGCAAACCAGGGUAGGCCAGAGCAGCCUAUGGCAGGACAGGCCCGGGCAGGCCAGACCGGGGCAGGGCAGGGCAAGCCAAGGCCGGGGCAGGGCAGGGCAAGCCAAGGUAGGCCAGGGCAGGCCAGGGCAAACCAGGGUAGGCCAGAGCAGCCUAUGGCAGGACAGGCCCGGGCAGGCCAGGCCGGGCAGGGCAGGGCAAGCCAAGGUAGGCCAGGGCAGGCCAGGGCAAACCAGGGCCCGGGCAGGCCAGGCCGGGGCAGGGCAGGGCAAGCCAAGGUAGGCCAGGGCAGGCCAGGGCAAACCAGGGUAGGCCAGAGCAGCCUAUGGCAGGACAGGCCCGGGCAGGCCAGGCCGGGGCAGGGCAGGGCAAGCCAAGGUAGGCCAGGGCAGGCCAGGGCAAACCAGGGUAGGCCAGAGCAAACCAGGGUAGGCAGGACAGGCCCGGGCAGGCCAGGCCGGGGCAGGGCAGGGCAAGCCAAGGCAGGCCAGGGCAGGCCAGGGCAAACGAGGGUAGGCCAGAGCAGCCUAUGGCAGGACAGGCCCGGGCAGGCCAGGCCGGGGCAGGGCAGGGCUAGCCAAGGUAGGCCAGGGCAGGCCAGGGCAAACCAGGGUAGGCAGGACAGGCCCGGGCAGGCCAGGCCGGGGCAGGGCAGGGCAAGCCAAGGCAGGCCAGGGCAGGCCAGGGCAAACGAGGGUAGGCCAGAGCAGCCUAUGGCAGGACAGGCCCGGGCAGGCCAGGCCGGGGCAGGGCAGGGCAAGCCAAGGCAGGCCAGGGCAGGCCAGGGCAAACCAGGAUAG